GCGGGAGCAAAUCACCCCCCUGCCUCAUCUCCCCACCCCCUCGCCGUGCGCGCUCUCCGGCGCCGCGGCCGCUGGCUCCUCCUGGCCCUCCCCGGGCGGAGAGCGUCCGGGUGCUGCUGGGCGGUGGGAGCCCCCCGGGGGGAGGUGGAGCGGGCCGGGCAGGCAGGCGGUGGUGGCGGCGGCUCCGCACACCCAAGAUGGCGGCGGUGGAGCUGGAGUGGGUGCCCGAGACGCUCUAUAACACGGCGAUCUCGGCCGUGGUGGAUAGUUACGGGCGGGCCCGGCGCCGCGACAUCCGCUCUCUGCCCGAGAACAUCCAGUUCGACGUGUACUACAAGCUUUACCAACAAGGUCGCUUAUGCCAGUUGGGUAGUGAAUUUUGUGAACUAGAAGUUUUUGCAAAGGUGUUACGAGCUUUAGAUAAAAGACACCUGCUUCAUCACUGUUUUCAGGCUCUGAUGGAUCAUGGAGUAAAAGUUGCUUCUGUGCUGGCAUAUUCAUUCAGUAGAUGGUGUUCCUACAUAGCAGAAUCAGACUCUGAUGUAAAAGACAAAGCAAUCCAAAUUGGUUUUGUUCUAGGAGGGUUCCUAUCAGAUGCUGGCUGGUACAGUGACGCUGAGAAAGUAUUCAGUUCCUGCCAGCAGUUAUGCUCCCUUCACGAUGAGAUGCCUCACUGGUGUCGUGCAGUAGAAUGUUGCGUAAGAUUGCUGCAUGUACGAAAUGGCAACUGCAAAUACCACUUGGGAGAAGAAACGUUCAAACAAGCUCAGUCUUAUAUGGACAAACUUGCAAAACAUGGUCAAAAGGCAAACAAAGCAGCACUUUAUGGGGAGUUGUGUGCACUGCUCUUUGCAAAGAGCCACUAUGAUGAGGCUUACAAGUGGUGUAUAGAAGCUAUGAAGGAGAUCAAAGGUGGCUUGCCAGUAAAAGUAGUGGUGGAUGUCUUAAGACAAGCUUCAAAGGCUUGUGUUGUAAAACGUGAAUUUAAGAAAGCUGAACAAUUAAUAAAACAUGCAGUAUAUCUAGCACGGGAGCAUUUUGGAGCCAAACACCCAAAAUAUUCAGACACUCUAUUAGACUAUGGAUUUUACUUGCUCAACGUAGAUAAUAUAUGCCAGUCUGUUGCAAUCUAUCAGACAGCUCUUGAUAUCCGACAGUCAGUGUUUGGAGGUAAAAACAUCCAUGUAGCUACAGCUCAUGAAGACUUGGCUUAUUCUUCUUAUGUUCACCAGUAUAGUUCUGGAAAAUUUGACAAUGCACUAUUCCAUGCAGAACGUGCUAUUGGCAUUAUCACUCACAUUCUUCCUGAAGAUCAUCUUCUCUUGGCCUCUUCCAAGAGAGUUAAAGCACUUAUCCUGGAGGAGAUUGCUAUUGACUGUCACAAUAAGGAAACCGAGCAGAGGUUACUUCAAGAAGCUCACGAUUUGCACCUAUCUUCACUCCAGUUAGCUAAAAAAGCCUUUGGGGAAUUCAAUGUACAGACAGCAAAACACUAUGGCAAUCUGGGCAGACUUUAUCAGUCAAUGAGAAAAUUUAAGGAAGCAGAAGAAAUGCACAUCAAAGCAAUUCAGAUUAAGGAGCAGCUUCUUGGUCAAGAAGAUUAUGAAGUCGCCCUGUCAGUGGGACACCUAGCUUCUCUCUAUAACUAUGACAUGAAUCAAUAUGAAAAUGCAGAAAAGCUUUAUCUGAGAUCAAUAGCAAUCGGAAAGAAGCUUUUUGGCGAAGGUUACAGUGGACUAGAAUAUGAUUACAGAGGUCUCAUUAAACUGUACAAUUCCAUUGGCAAUUAUGAGAAAGUAUUUGAAUAUCACAAUAUUUUGGCCAGUUGGAACCGGUUGCGGGAUCGGCAGUUCUCAGUUACAGAUGCUCUGGAGGAUGUAAGCACCAGCCCUCAAUCCACUGAAGAAGUAGUUCAGUCUUUUCUGAUGUCUCAGAACAUUGAUGGACAGAAUAGCUAGAGAACUUGGUCAAUUAAUUAACCAAUUAAGUUUUUUCCCCCAGAUUACAAGGGAAAGUCAUACUGUGAAAUCUAAACCAUGUAGUUUUCUGGGGGCUGGAAUUUGCAUUGAAACACUGGUCUAGUCCAUUGAAGAGUGCCCAUACAGAUGAAUAUGAGUUAAGUUCUUAUCAGCAUGUGUAUGGCAUGUUUAGUUUGGCUUAUUGAAUUUGAAUACCAAACACCAGGAUCCCCUCCCCCUUCUUUUGCAAAAGAAGCUACUUUGCAGGAAAUCUGCAAAUAAACUUAAAUAAAACUGUUUAAGAGUUAAGAGUUGCAUUCUUAUUAUGAAAGGAAGGUUUCAGCAAGAAAAUUCUUCCAACAAGUAGAAAUAAUAAAUACUCUGUUGUAAGAAAUGUAAAAGGUGUUUAUACUUUAUGCAUUGUAGCAGAGCUAAUGAUAAAUAUUAACAAAAGAGGAAAUGCCCUAGCUUUGUUUGCUGCCUUAUGAAGAAAAGUGGCAAAGAACCACUCUAGAAAGAAAUGUAUGUGUUGUAAACCACGCUAGUUUGUUAUGGAAGUAACUGCCGUGUGUUGUUUUUAAUCAUCUGAAUUGGACCAGCGUUCAUCUGUAAGUGAUAGAAGAUCCAGUAGACCAGCAAUCCAAAUUUCCUUUGGUACAGUACAAGAGCUAUAAUAAUUUUCCAUAAAAGGACCAGGAGAAUCAAAAGUGGACCAGCCUGUCUAGAAGAGAGUCUUUGGACCAGUGGCUUUAAUUUAAUAUUUCUGCCCCUGCAUUCACUUUUACAGUAGAAAUAUUUCAUUUAGAUGUACGAUCAGUGAUAAUACAAAAAUAUAUUCAUGUGAUAGAUACAAAACUAGGAACUGAACGUUCUUUAGCAGUUGUGAUGGCAUGUUUUCAACUAGUAAGCUUAUACAGAUAUUAAAAUGUCAAUGCCAUAAGCAAAAACUAGAAAUGCUUAACUAUUUGCUGCAGCCAUUCUUUUCCUUUUUAAAUGGGCUUACUCUAAUAAUCGAGGCAGUAACUUGUUUAUACUGACUAAUAGUUUUGUAUUACAAUCCAGUUCAAUUUUAUGUUUCUGAAGAUCACAACUUACUGUACAGUUUGCAGGGGUCAGUGGAAAAUGCCAAAAAAGCACAACAGGUCAUUUUUUGUGAUGCUUCAUUUCUACAUUAAACAAUAGUACAACCAGAAACUGAUUCCUCUACAUUAAUUUAAAAAGCAUUAGUCAGGUGUAAAGAUCCCGUAACAAUGCCUAUCUCACUAGCUUGUCUUAAUUUUUGUUUUGCAUUUUUUUUUUUGUUUAAUUGAACCAAGUUUGUUUUAAUGUUGAGGUAAUAUUCAAAAUUUGAAAAAAUCUACGUAGCAUAGCAAACUAGAAAUAAGUCAUUGCUUUUACCUCAAUUCUUAUUAUAGUGGCACAAACAGUGCCUCUAUAGUUAAGGGUCUGUCAGUUUUUCCCCCCUAUUUUCAGGGGGUUAUAAUUUGGCUGUGAAAAUUCAGUCCAGGUUGAAGCAUGGCAAACAAGGUUCCUACAGUACUUGGAGUGAAUUUUUUUAUUUGUUACGAAGUUUGUUUUUUUUUGUCUUUAGAAGAUAAGAGUGCGGAAUACAAAAAAAAUAGAAGGUAGUGAUUUCAGACACUUCUUUGAACUCCUAUGAUUUUAAUAAUGGCUUUGGUUUUAAACUGAAAAGUUGCAGGCCAAUAGUUUGUAAACUAGUGCCUUCAAGUGUUUUUUGAGGGGGAGUAACACCAAGUUAAAAAAUCAGUUAUUUAAUUUGGAAAUGUGGCUUUAGUGCUAGUGUAGUUGUGAUUCUUUCAUUAAAAAAAAAGGGAUGGCAUAUGCACACCAGUAGAAUAACUAGUAGCAUUAAGACUUCAAUAGGUUUUAGUAAUUUAUUGCAAUCUAUCAAAAGCCAGUUUUUCAUAAUUUUACAUGUAAUCUUAAACUAUAUUAGAUUACAGUAAUUUUUGUUCAAAUGAAAAUUAGACUUUUUUAAAUGUCCCCAAAUACAUUUGUGAGAUAAAUUGCAACUAAAUAAAUAUUUAAAGUCCCUAAAUAUUUGUUUACACUUUAGGAAUAAUUAUAGACUAUCAGGUAAAUAAUAUGCAUUAAAAUUGAUACAUUAUUGUGAGAGCUUGUUCUCAUAUUUUUAAACUUUUUAAAUAUCACUUUAACACUAUUUAAAAUAAUACCCUUUUUUAUUUUAAACCUCAGAAAAUCAGGGAAAAAAGCUUAAAAUUCUGUCCGAAACAAAACUAAUGAUCUAUGUAUUGCAGAAGUACCUAGAAGCCUCAAACUAGUAAGUAAUGUUACAUUCUCUGCAGAUUCCAUAUGCUCUGGAUUCCUAAUCUUGGGUCUCUGUUUCUAGUUUGUAACUAAGAGGGAACUCCCAAGUUCUCAAGGUUUUGUUUUUUAUCCUGAGAUACUGGUAGAUGUCCUGUGCACUCAUCUUUGCCACUUUCUCAGGCUCCUUUAUUGUUCCAUCAUCCGUUCCUUUCUAACUGGUCAACAACAGUUUCCAAAAAAUGCCACAGUUCCAGUAUCAUUCCUGUUCCUCUGCUGAUUAACUUAAUUUUGCUUCAGGGACUCUUGUCUUCCCUUGUUGCAUCAAGCCUAAAAUUUAGAUUAUAGACUCUUAGGGAGCAUGGAUAGUGUCUUAUUAGUGUUGUAAAGUAUCCACCUUCUCUUUUUUCCCUGAGGGGGUUGGCAACUGGGAAGUUGGGAGGGCACAACGCGGUUCUGUAAAGUAACGUCUUUUUUUUUUUUUUCCCCCGAUCACCUAACAAAACAUUUCAGUUCUUUUUUGACCAAGAACUUUUUUUUGCUUUCCCGCGCACUGGCUAUAUUUCAGCCAGUGCAAUAGGUGCAUUAUGUGAUCACUCAAAUGGAGAUGCAUGUGCUGUUGAAGUAACUCCUAUAUUCCGUAGUGCUCGUGGGGGUUUUAUCUAGAGUGAACUUGAAACCCUAAAAGUUACCCAGAAUUUUUUUCUUCUGCCAGCAGGCUAUGUGGCCUAGAGAAACAUGACUUUAAGCCCAUGAAUACUCCCAAUUCAAUAAAACUGCUUGAAUGUUUUGCUACAUUGCUGAAUUGGGCCCUAACAGACUAUCUGGUUGCAUCUCACAGCUAUGACCUCGCAGGUCUGAAUGUCAAAGCAUAUUACUUGCAGAGUAGAACAGCUGCGGCUGGCAACUGCAGACUUCUUAGUGCAGAAGGCUUACAAAACAACCAUGCAGCCUUCUCUAAGCGCUGUACCUUGGCAUCUUGCCUUAGGCUGCCUUGUUGCAGAACCUAUUCCACAGCUAGUGUUCCUCAAACUUUCCUGGCGCCUAUAGUUUUCUGUUCAGGAUCUCUUUUGAAUUGCCCCUUCACAUUACUACAGAAGUCUUAACCUCUUGUGUAGUUUGUUGGACUAUUGUGUUUUGACACACACAACUUGGUGGUGGUAGACACAUUACCUGACUUUCCUUUACCACUGCUGCCUGUUGCAGUGUGUUGUUGACACUUCAUUUUAAAAGUAGAGCAAUUUUGCGGCCUCUAGGCUCCUAUAAAUGGGAAUCUAGUGUGAGAGAUAUGGUCAAAGAAAAUGACUUGUCCUAUAAUUCUUCAUCUGAAAAAGAUACCACAUCUGUAGAUGGCCCUUCAUUCACCUUUAAAAUUAAGGAGGUCUAGUCAUGCUUUUCUCUCACCCUGUUUAGAACGGAUGUAAUUUUCUUGUGGCUGUAGGUAUGGGGUUGCAAUUUAGGAGUACUUUCGCCACUUGUACAUCAAGCAGCCAACCAUGAAACACUAGGCAAGGCCGAUGCAUUGGCAAUUGGUCUGUGCAAAGUGCACUCACGAGUUCCUCAAAGGGUCAACAACCUUGAGGAGUUACUGUGUAAUUUUAGGCUUGAAGUGGAGACCCAAGAGUGGGAAUCCAGUGAAAUACUUCUUCCAAAGAACUAAAUUUACAGGUAAGUAAGUUUUUGUUUUUUAAAUCAUCUGCAAUACCUUGACACAAGAGUGGCCAGGACAGAAUUUCAGUCUUUGCUCCGAAUUUCUCAGCUUUGGUUCUAAAUUUAAAGCUCUAACAUUUGUUUGACUGUAGGUUUUGUGAAUCAGUUUUAUUUGUAUCUUCUAUUUUAUGCAAACACUGCAAUUUGUAAAGAAAGGGAAGAAAGUGAUGUCAGGGUUUCCUCAGUGCUUUGUUCCUCGGUUCUUAGAAUCAGAAACCAUCUCCAUCAACUGUAAGAAUGGAUGUUUUUUUCCCAACCUCAGGAGGAGUAUUUUUUUAUGGAAUGGAAGGAACAAAUGCUACUUUAAGCUGGGCAAGGGGAAAAAGUCACAAUAAGAUGUUUAAACACACAUCCCCCUAUUACUUGAAGUAAAAUAGCUAGUAACUAUGGCGCUCCAAACGGUUGGUCACUUAUUUUAUGAUGUUACUUACAACCAACAAGUGUCUGCCUUUCUCUUCCAUAGAAGUCUUUACAUGCACUCACUACUUUGUUGUAUAGAUACCAAUUGUUAAAUCUCCUUUUUUCUUUUUCUUUUUUGCACACAAGUGUUUUGUUGAUAAAUAAUUUUGAAAGGGUUUUUUUGUUAUUGUUGAAUUCUAACUUAUUAGGAAAAUAACAUUCUUUUCAUAACUUUAAAAAUUAAAUUUAAAAAAUGCUGUGGUCUAUCAUUUGCUAACGGUGCCAUUGUGCUGCUGCUUAUGGUACAGAAAAAUGCACAUUUUAUUUAAUUACCUUUUUAUAGGUGCACAUACUGGUAGAGUUACAAAAAAAGGAAAACGCAUCGUGCCUAAAACAUGAUUGAAUAUGUUGACAAAACCUUUACUUGAUUUUAAAAUUGACUGGAUUUUACUUUACAGCAUGGUAGCAAAGAUAGUUGGAUGGAUAUUGCUAUUAUUGGUCUCUAAACAAAGUUUCUAACCCUGUUGCCUGUGCAGAAACUUUAUUGUUAACUUUUUUUUGAGCAGUGUUGCUGGCCGAGUGCUAUUUGCAAAUCUGAAUAUUCUGUUCGUUGUGGAUAUUUCCAUGUUUGACACAAAUGGCCUGUUGCACAUUUCAUUUCUUGGCCUUUUGGGGAUUCUUGCUGUGGGAAGGAGGAGGAGGGAUUUUAUCGAGAGAUCUGGACUAUAUAUAUGCGUUUGACAUCACUGGUAACGCUUUUGUCCCCAAAUCUCAGGAGUGUUUUAGGCAGUGAAAUAGGUUUCCCUUCACUGAUACCAAGAUGCGUGUUCUAGGGUCUUGUUAACAAUAUUUCAUUGCAGUCCUAGGUAUCUAUAGCAUGAGUGGCCUUAGUGAAUUUGUUGAAGUGCACAUUUUUUUUCUUUUCAAAAGUAAAUUUUAAGAUGAAAAAUAUAUACUAUAUAAAUAUAUAGAGAGAUAUCUAGAAACUUGGUUUGUGGUGCACAAGUUAAGUGUUGGAUCACUAAAUAAUUGUCGCAGGUACCAUACGUGUAACUCCUUCUUUUUAUGUAUAUUCCUGUAUGGGAAGCAAUGUUGCCAUGGUAACUAAAACUUUACCAUUUAUUUCUUACCUUAUGAUGUGAAUGAACUCUACAUUUUGACUAUUACCAGGUUCAGUACUAUUUUUAUACUUUAUUGUACUACAGGGGAUUUUAAUUUAAUAGCAUUCUAAAAAGAUGUUGCUUGAACUAUUUAAAGCAAAAUACUAAAACGAAGACCACCUUUUAAACCGGAAUCCCUACUUACAGUGCCACAGUAAUUUAUAUGAACGUAUCUUAAUCAUUACUAGACUUUGAACACCAUUCUAUUUGUUGUGUCAAUAACCUUUCAUAUCCUACUUCACAUAAACUGCAGUGCCCAACAUUAUUUGUAACCAUCAAACCAUACUGAGUAUGUUUGUAACCAGCAUUGUGAUAUUCUGUAAUUGUAUUGCUAAAAUGAAUUAUUGACCUAAUAAAUAUAGUGUUCCUGCA